AUGGCAUUACCGGCUGUGGCCACGUUCGAGGAGUGCGCCGAUUUCUCGCAGACCGUCGCUCCCUUCAUACCUCAGCUGUACGAAUUGCCCCAAAAGCUCCUCAACUCAUAUUGGAACCGCGAUGAGCUCCUUCAGCUUUAUAUUGCGACAAACCCCUUGGUAUCUGCGUUAGCAUUGGGGCUGGCCCUAUUCCCGAUAGUGUGGAUCGUGUCGGAAGUCAACAGGAACUAUUCGCAGGUCGACCGUCUUUGGAGCAUCUUGCCGGCGAUAUUCAUUGGGCAUUUUGUAGCAUAUGGACAUGUGGUUGGGCUGGAUACUGAGAGACUGGAUACCCUUUUAGUUGCUGUUGUUAUUUGGAGCGUGCGGUUAACUCAUAACUACUGGAGACGAGGAGGCUACAGCAUUGGCUCUGAAGAUUACAGAUGGAUGAUUAUUAAAAAGAAGGUCAAUUCAUGGAGCACGGCGAUAUGGCCCGUCUUCAACAUCAUCUUCAUUGCUGGCAUGCAACUUGGUCUCCUCCUUUUGAUCUCGACGCCUGCCUAUAUCCAGCUGCUAGUAUCGAAUAUGGAAAUGCCGAUAUCGAAGGUCGAUACGUUAUUCCCCAGAGCCCUUGUUGGUCUUGUCCUGAUUGAGGCCCUGGCUGACCACCAACAAUGGAGUUUCCAAAGUGCAAAGGCGAAAUACAGGGCCACCGCCAAAGUCCCCCAAGGUUACGAACAAGGAGACUUAGAGCGAGGCUUCGUCGUCAGCGGCCUCUUCUCUUUGUGUCGCCACCCAAAUUUUGCGUGCGAGCAAGCCUUCUGGGUUGUCUUAUAUCAAUGGUCGUGCUUCAACACUGACCAGCUAUAUAACUGGACUGGAAUCGGCGCGUUAAGUCUGGUUUGCUUAUUCCAGGGAUCCACUUGGUUGACGGAGAAGGUCACAGCACAAAAAUACCCAGAGUACAAGGAAUACCAGAAACGAGUCAGCAAGUUCAUCCCGAGGAUGUCUCAUGCGCUGCCCGGAGACCCGGUUGAGCAGCCUAGUGUUGAGCCUGCGACAAGAUCGAAGGCAGCUGGCGGCAAGAAAGGGGAUAAGGGGCAGAAGGGGUCCAAGAGAAACUAG